CUCGUCUUCCUCGAUACGCCUCCUCCUCCUCCCUUUGCAAUUACUCUCCAUUUCUUCACGCAAAACUUCGCUUUGCAGGUGCGUACAAGUUUCACUGUUUUCUCUAACGUUUCGAUUCGGAGAUCUCUAGCGUCUCAGUAUCAUCUUUUAGGGAUUAUUGUGUGUGACUGAUGGCUGAAAGAAAGGUAGCGAAGAAUCCUGGUGGUCCCUCCAAAAGACAGAAGACAAAGACGACGACGACUACACAGCAAGAACCGCGUCUUCUUGGGUCUAGUUUGUGGCUCGAGGAUGGUACAACGCUGCUUCCUGGAUUGUGUUUCAAAGACAGAGACGAGCUGAAGAAGGCGGUGGACUGGCGCUCCAUCAGAGGGGAGCAUAUGUGUGCUGCAAGAGAGACCGGGAACGGGAAGAAGGACGAGUUCACGUUCGAGUGCAUAAGAUGGAAAUGCAACUGGUCGAUCCGUGCGGUUAAGAUGGCAAAGCACGGACUUUUUGAGAUAACCAGUUGUACUGGUCCAGAUGUUUGUGAGCAGCGAGGGAAAAAAACAUGUCCAGAUUAUUUUGACGAGGAGUUUUUAGCGUAUGAGAUCGACCGUGUGGUCGGCGAACACCCCACGCUCUCGGUUGCUGAGUUGCACAAGUGGUGGAAUGAAAAGUUCGGCUCUGAGCAGACUUUUCUCACCCAUCUUGAUGAGGAAGGUGAGGAGGUUAACGAUGCGAGAGGAAAUUUGCAGAACGCGAAGCAGGAAGCUAUGGAAAGACUCUUUGGAGAUUGGUAUCAGAGUUUCGGAUUCGUUCCCAAGUUAAUGUCAGCGCUUCAGUCUUCAAACGGGAUGCUCGUGGACUGGCAGUAUGAUUCUUUGCCUAAUCCUGCAUCCUUUGGCAGUGUGUUUUGGGCGUUUUCACAGUCUGUCCAAGGGUUUCAGCACUGUAGACCUGUGGUUGUUGUGGGCAGCAAAGAGUUGAAGGGUAAGUACGAUAUGAAACUGAUGAUAGCCUCAGGGUUUGAUGCAGCCAACAACUUUUUCCCGCUUGCCUUUGCUGUUACUAAAGAAGUAUCAACCGAUAGUUGGCGCUGGUUUCUCACUAGAAUCAGAGAGAAGGUGACACAAAGGAAGGGUCUUUGCCUCAUUACAAGGCACCACCCGGACAUACUCGCUGUUGUUAACGAACCCGGGUCUCAGUGGAAAGAGCCCUGGGCUUAUCACAGGUUCUGUCUGAACCAUCUGUCCUCCCAAUACUCUCGCCUCUUCCCGGACCACCAACACCUCUUUACAGAGUCUCUUGUGAUGAAGGCUGGGUCGUCGACUCAGAAGGGAGAGUUUGAUUCCUACAUGAAGGAGAUCAAAGAGAAGAGUCCAGAAGGGUGGAAAUGGCUUGGCCAAAUCCCUCCGCACCAGUGGGCUCUGGCUCAUGACAGUGGUCUUAGAUACGGAGUCAUGAAGAUAGACACAAAAGCUUUGUUUGCAGUUUGUAAAAGCUUUCAGAAAGUUGCAAUGACAGGGGGUGUGAUGCUUCUGUUUAGUGAGAUGAAAGACGCUUUUGGCUCGUCGUUGAGCAGUAGCCGUGGCUCUCUCCACCGCGGCGAUCUGUACGCAGAAAAUGUCAUGAAAAACUUUCAAGAGUCUUUGAAAGAUUCCGCUGCUUACGUUGUAAAGACGUUAGAUAGAGAUGCAUAUCAGGUCUCAGCGUCCUCAGAAAAGAAGGAACGCAUGUCCAUGGCCAGGUUGCACUCGUUCGGGAAAUAUAAAGAAUAUAAGGAUGGCGUUGUUCAGUUGAAUGACUCAACCUGCACUUGUGGGGAGUUGCAGGGGAAGAGGUUUCCAUGUCUGCACGCUCUAGCUGUCUGCAAGAAGAUGAAAAUCAACCCUUUGCAGUAUGCAGACGACUGUUACUCUGCUGAACGCUAUUACAAAACUUAUGAGGCUACUUUUUCUCCUGUUCCGAAGUUGUCAACUUGGCCGGAGGCUUUCGGAGUUCCAACAUUGUUUCCCCCUGUCACUUCACCACCUCCACUUAAAGUAUCAGGAAAAGGGAAAGGCAAAAGCAAAGAGCCUCCUAGUGAUGAAGAGUUGAGAAAUGCAAUUCUUGAUAUCUUGAAAGCGAUGCACUUUAAAAUGGCUUCGUUUACUGACAUCAUUAAGCAACUUGCUGACAAGUUUCGAUACGAUCUCACCCCUAGAAAGUCAUCUAUAGAGGUAAUGAUCCAGUAUGAGCUAGAGAAGUAUGCAGCUGAUUCCGAAGAGGUAGAGGGUGAUGAUGAAGAAGAGGAUGAAGAAGAAGAGGAGGAAGAAGGGUUGUGGUAAGGAGGCAAGAGUAUAAGCAGCUUGUUAGACCGAAGAAGAGGAGCAUUAACAUUGGCUCGUUAGGAUUCAUUUCAUGCCCUUUUUGAAAACAAUCUUUUGAACUUUUUUUGCGUAUCCUUUAUACUUAACUGGUUAAAUAGGGUAUUGUGUCAAACUGAACUGAACCAGGAUUAGAACUAAACCAGUAUGACUAUUUUGCUUUGAUGGUUUUACUGAGUUGAUUGCCCUA